AUGUCGAACUACCGAUUGCUCAAACGUUUGGUCCACGUCGGGAGGGGGAAGCUUAAGAAGUUUGAACAGCAAAGCCCAGAAUGGGAAUUCAGUUUUGCUAUUGGUACCAUUGUCUUUCCACUUGUGUUUGGUGUGUCAUUCGCUCCGUGUCGCAAUAUUGACCCUCCAAGCCUCGAGCACUGUGAAUCUCAUAGUUCUUUGUACAUAGUUUUUUCAAAUAAAGAUUUUGACUUUCACUUUCUCAGUCUUUUGUUGUCAGUCUCGGUGACUUGUAUGAGCGGUUUGAAUAUCGUGAAAUAA